AUGUCGCUGUCCCGUGCCUUCACGACUCGCCGACUGCGACAAGGCAGCGACCUCGGCGACAGCAUCAAGAUGCCUCAACGCAGCAACACCGUCACCAGGCCGGUGCCGCCCAACAUCCGCGACAUCAUCUCGGCUCCCGUGCAGCUCAUACACACGACCAACAUGCUGUCCUACAAUGCGCCCGACAUCCCUCGCGCGGCUCGCAGCAACUCCAGAAAGAGCAGCAAUUCUGGCUCGGAUGCCGAUUCACAAACCACUGCGGAUACCACGCCGCCCACCAGUCCCGACGUCUCUUCACCGCAGCCGAAUCACCUGUCGUGCUACUUCAAGACUGGUGCAUCUCCCUUGACAGCAUUGAUGAGCGACGCGGAACCGCCCGCCAUUCCGAAGCGCUCCCCGUCUCACACCAAGAAGAAUUCGUACGAGGCCAUCGCUCACCAGCGGUCCGUUUCUCGUAAAUCCCGCGAGUCUGAUCGGUCCAUGUCCAUCAGAAGCGGUCUAGCCUUCUCUCGCUCACCAUCGACGACGUCAACGAGAGCUUCAUCAGUCUCGCACGCCUCAGUAUCUUGCUCGCGGAAGCAAGUCGCCACGCCACCGCCUCCUUGCCAAGAGCCGUCUCCGGCAGCGUUUUCGCCGGUGCAGCCCAGCAAGGACACGCAUCCCUUUGGACAAGAGUUGGCGCAGGUCACGGAGCUCGCUGAAGAGUACGUCAACAGCAGCCGCCUAUGCGUAAUCGACGAAGAGCAGCAGUACCUCACCAGCCGCGGCCUUUGCAAAUUCAGCCCAAGCGACUACAUGAGCGCCAUUCAAGAUGUAGCCGGCACUUUUUUUCCCGAACGAAUUCACGCCACGUCUACCACCCCUCUUUGGAUUUAA